AGAAAUAUAAAAUAGUAUAUCUACUGUGGAAAACAGUAUGGUGGUUCUUCAAAAAAUUAAAAACCAAAUUACUGGGGCACCUGGGAGGCUCAGUCAUUGAGCGUCUGCCUUCGGCUCAGGUCAUGGUCCCAGGGUCCUGGGAUCAAGCCCCACUUUGGGCUCCCUACUUCACAGGAGGCCUGCUUCUCCCUCUCCCACUCCCCCUGCUUGUGUUCCCUCUCUCACUGUGUCUCUCUCUGUCAAAUAAAUAAAUAAAAUCUUUAAAAAAUAGAUAAAUAAAUAAAAAUAAAAACCAAAUUACUAUAUGACCUGGCAGUUCUGGUAGAAGCAACCUAAGCAUCCACCAACGGACAAGUGGAUAAACCAAAUGUCUCUUAUACAUACAGUGGAAUAUUAUUUAGCUUUGAAAAAGGAAAUAAAUCCCAACACCUGCUAUAACAUGGAUGGACCUUGAACACAUUAUCCUAGGUGAAAUAAGCCCAUCACAAAAGGACAAAUCCUAUGCGAUUUCACGGAUAUGAGGUCCCUCAAGCAGUCAGAUUCAUAGAGACAGAAAGUGGAAUGGAGGUUGCCAGGGCCUAGCGGGAGGAGGGAAUGGGGAAUUACUGUUUAACGGGGACAGAGCUUCAGUUUGGGAAGACGAAAAAGUUUCUGGGGGUGGACGGUGGUGGCAAUUGCAAAAUAAUGUGAAUGUACCUAAUGCCACCGAACUGAACUCUUAAAAAUUGUUAUGAGGUUAAAUCCCAGGUUAUGUGUAUUUUACCACAGUUUUUAGAAAUUUUAAUUCAAAUUUUAAAAACAAGACACAAAGAAGUAUAUACUGUAUUAUUCCGUUUAUUUACAGCGUGGUACUCAGCUGAUGAUAUUCAAUGUCAAGAUAAUGGUUACCCUUGGGAGGGAAGAGUAACUAGAAAGCAGGAGGAGGUUCUAGGGUAUGGGAAUAUUCUAUCUCUUGAUCUGGCUGUUAGGAUAUAGGUGUGUACCGUGUGUGAACUUCUCUGAGCUCUCCAGUUGGGACUUGUACAGUUUCCUAUGUGUCUGUUACACUCCAAAAAUGAUUCCAAAAAAUGUAGAUCCUUAGCCCGACAGCAGACUGUCGUGUCAGAAUCUCUGAGGAUGGGACCUGGGGAUCCUGCAUCAUAAAACCCUCCCUUCCAAGUUUUUCUUAAGAGCAUUGGAUUUAGGGAAUCUUUGCUAAAGGAAAGGGACUAGGGAAAUAUCCUCCCCAUGCCCAGGAAUCCCAUUCUGCGCUAACAAUAAAUAUUCCUUAGAAAAGAAAUUCUUGAUAUCUUUGAGUCAUUUAGCUUCUCCGGUUAGGAAAAUGCAUGUCAUCUUUCAGGAGCUGAGAAAUCGGUGAUGUACAGAAAUGUGUAUUUUAAUAUAUUACAUUUUAAAAUAUUAUUUCUUGUAAUUCGUCAUACACGCAAUAACUCACGAAUGUUUUAUUGAGGCCCUCUAAAAACUGGCGGGUGCUAGGACCUAAUGGAAGUCAGGCUUUCAGGAGGAGGGGACCGUGGGGCGUGGUGCCAUUAAGCAGGUACAGAAAAGCCAGUUCUUCCACCUGUAAGCUAAUGAGGCUCCAUUUCAGCUCUCUCCACACCAUCUCCAAGACAUCAACAGCUUUUACACUUGCUUGUUAAACCAAAAGCAUGUUUCUUGCAAAGGCUUUAUUGGAAGGGGCCGAUCGAGGCCUUGGAGAGGCUCUUGGAGGCCUUCUUGGAGGAGGCGGUCAGAGAAGAGGAGGAGGAGGGGGAGGAAGAAAUAUCGGAGGGAUAGUUGGAGGAAUUGUGAAUUUCAUCAGCGAGGCUGCAGGAGCUCAGUACACCCCAGAACCACCUCCCACUCAGCAGCAUUUCACCAACGUGGAGGCCAAUGAAAGGGAGGAAGUUCGUCGGUUUCGGCAACAGUUUGCCCAACUGGCGGGACCGGACAUGGAGGUGGGUGCCACUGACCUAAGGAAUAUUCUCAACAAAGUCCUUUCUAAGCACAAGGACCUGAAGACUGACGGCUUUAGCCUUGACACCUGCCGGAGCAUUGUGUCUGUGAUGGACAGUGACACGACUGGCAAGCUGGGCUUCGAAGAAUUUAAGUACCUCUGGAACAACAUCAAGAAGUGGCAGUGCGUUUAUAAGCAAUAUGACAGGGAGCGGUCUGGGUCCCUGGGAAGUUCUCAGCUGCUCGGGGCUCUGCAGGCAGCGGGUUUCCAGCUAAAUGAACAACUUUACCAAAUGAUCAUCCGCCGAUAUGCCGAUGAGGAUGGCAGCAUGGAUUUCAACAAUUUCAUCAGCUGCCUGGUCCGCCUGGAUGGCAUGUUCCGUGCCUUCAGAUCCCUGGAUAGAGAUGCAGAUGGCCUUGUUCAAGUGUCCCUCCAGGAAUGGCUGCAGCUGACCAUGUAUUCCUGAAGCCAGCGCCCUCCCUGAGGACAGGACUCCUGAAAGCCUCGCCACGCAGUCCUCACUAUGGCUGAUACCCAGAGCUGUCAUUUCCGGCGAGCUCGUACACCUCCCUGCAUGCUUCUGAGCUGGGGCUGCCUUUUAGCAUCUAAUUAAAACAGAUUUUUUUUUUUAAAUGAAAAAUGUUCUGAGUGGUUUGUAUGUCAGCUCUUUGAGACACUGGAUGUGUAUGAACAUAUAUAUGUGAUGGGGGGUGCAUGGGGCAGAGCCUCCGUGGAGUAGAUUUUAAUAGUGCAUUGCUUAUUUGGUGAGUGAAUUCCAAAGAAUAGGAAAUUUGUUGUUAUUGAGAAUGAAAUCUUGAAAAAACCCUGGAAAGCCCUCAAGAGAUCUAUUUUUCCCUUUAAAAAGGUGAGGAGGAGGGAAGUUCAGAAUCUGUUUUUCUCUUAAUUUCACAUCUGGUCUUUCCAUUAUAUAAAAAGAAAGAAAGAGAGAGAGAGAGAGAGAGAGAGAGAGAGAGAGAGAGAGAGAGAGAAGAAAGAAAGAAAGAAAGAAAGAAAGAAAGAAAGAAAGAAAGAAAGAGAAGGAAAGAAAAAGAAAGAAAGAGAAAGAAAGAAAGGAAAGAAAGAAAGGAAGGAAGGAAAGAAGGAAAGAAAAAGAAAAAAAGAAAGAAAGGGAGGAAAGAAGGAAGGAAGGAAGGAAGAAAAAGAAAAGAAAGAAAGAAAG